CUGAGCUGAGCGCGAAAAUCAACUAUUUUUCGCGCACAACAACAAACGUGUCAACAUGGCCAACUCUGCUGAGUUGACGAUGGAAUAUGAUGUGACAGCCCCCCUUCCAUUUAUUGCUGCAGAGACACACGGAGGGCCUGACUUCUCACUAACUCAAGCUUUAGAAGAUGUCUCUCAACAAGGAUAUGCCCAGAUUGUGGCCCUCCAGGAGAAACAACAAGUGCUCAGCUCUCUCCAGGCCAUACUAUCAGACAUUGAGAAGAAAGGCAAAGAAGCUGAAGUGGAGUUAAAAUCCAAAGUGAGGCAGAUUCUCAUCCUGGAGGGUGAGAUGGAACACCUGCAGCGACACAUGCAAGACCUGGGCUUGCGUUCCAUCACCGCCUACAACGAAAACACAGAGCUCCGACUGCUGAUUGAGGAAGAGGAGGACAACUCCCGCUGCAUGCUGGCCGGUUACAACACCUACCGGAACAAGAUGGAGGGCCACCGGGCAGCCGUCUUGCAAGCGGAGAGCCAGACGAGGGCUCACAGGGAGCUAGUGGAGAAGAGGGCUCUGGUCAGAGUGCUCACAGAGAGGAGAGAAGAGCUGAGGGCGGACCUGGAGAACCCAGAGGGGAAUGCUGUGAAGCAGGCACAGAAAGAGAUGGAUGACCUGAGGGGGCAGAUCUCAGCCCGGAGGAAGAUGGUGACUGAGAGAAGAGAGCUGAUCCUGAAGGAGUUUGAGAGUCACACACUGAUCAAGAAGCAUAUCGAGAUCCAGAACAGACGGUACGAUGCCAUCGUGAAGCGUCUCCACUGCCAACUGAUGAAGGCCCAGUCCGGCCACAGGCAGCUGUCUGAUGAUAUCUACCACAUGGAGAGAGAGAUCCAGGACCUCAAGAGACACCUUGAGGUGCCAUAAGGUUCAUAAAACUGUAUGUUUUGUAGUAUGACCUAAGGCUAGGAGUUUUCCCAGACGAAGACAUACUCCAUGCCCUAGUAAACAGUGUAGGUCUGUGCAUAACUGUUUUGUUGCUGUUCAUUUUACAUUUUUUAUUCUUCUCUCUCUUUGUUUUUUUCAGUGAAAGUAAUGAAUUGGAAAGCCAUUAAACAAAAACAUGUUUUUACAGAAAACUCCCUUUCCCUCCCAAUUACAAAUAACUUGGGUUUCCCCCUGAAUUUAGAAAACAACUGUGACACUCACUGGCCAGCAGAGGGCAAUGGUGUCAACCAACUAAGAAAUAGCAACUAUUCCUGCCUCACUGUAGAAGACAAUAAUCACUGUCAGUCACUUUGUAGACAAAACAAUCUUUAUUGGUGUGUUUUUCUCCUGUCUCUCAUCAUCUUGACAAAAACAACAGAACAGAACAGGAGACAAACUGAUGAGAUUGAGACAUGAAGGAAACCUUUUAUACAUUAAACCAUGGCAGGGAUUGCCUUAGCGUAAAUGCUGUACAUGAUAGAACCAACUACCGGCAGAUAAUGCACACUAAAACACGCAAAAUCAGAAGAACAGAAUAUCAUCAUCUCUCUCUCUCGCUCUCUCACUCUCUCGCUCUCUCUCUCU